UCUGGGGCGGGGCUUCCUGCGGCGCCGUCAGGCCUGGCUGGCAGCUUCUGGAGGCCGCGGAGGGGCAUUCUGGCGUGGUCCCUGCGGGGCGCCCGUCAGGUCGCGCCUUCAGACCCAGGGAAGAGCUGGCGAGCGGCCGCGGGGCCGCAGUGCCUCCAGUAAACCAGGAGCCCGGGAAGGCAGGGGGCUGUCUGACCCGCUCUGUGCCCCGCCCCUGACCCAGCCUGAGUUGAAAUCAAGGACCAGCUGCCAUUCAACUCCCCACUGCCACUCUGUCCUCUCGCCUCCAUCCAUGGCGCCCCUGCUCACCCUGUUCCUUGUGGCCCUGGUGGGCCUCCCUCUGGCCCAGGCUCUGGACUGCCACGUGUGCGCCUACAACGGCGAGAACUGCUUCAAUCCCAUGCGCUGCCCGGCCAUGGUCACCUACUGCAUGACCACACGCACUUACUACACACCGACCAGGAUGAAGGUGAGCAAGUCGUGUGUGCCCAGCUGCUUCGAGACCGUGUACGACGGUUACUCCAAACACGCCUCCACCACAUCUUGCUGCCAGUAUGACCUCUGCAACAGCGCUGGCCUUGCCGUGCCGGGGGCCCUGGCCCUGGCCCCCAUCCUCCUGGCUACUGUCUGGGGUCUGCUCUAAAUCCUUGCCCCCCACCAAGACCCACUCAAGGACCGGGUUCUGAGAGGCACAGCCCUACCUUUUCACCCUGCGUCCCCCACCCACCUUGUGCCCUCCCCCAGCCACACCCAGGACCAUCAGCUUCAGGACUUGGGGUUGGGGGGGGGUGGGCUCGCGGCCUGGGGCCUCCUCCCAGACCAGGACUUUGAUUCUCAAAAGGUUGAUGUGGGACCAGCCCUCCCAAAGUUGUCUGGCCUUGGUGGGAGAGCUCGCCCCUCCUCUGCCCAAGGAGGGGGGUGUCUGGCAAAGUGUGCUGCUCAGUUGGGGUUCUCAGUUGGCUGAAGAACACUGAUUUGAGGGGAGACUUGGCCCACCUUCCUGGCAGCUGCCGCAGUCUGCCCAGUAAGGGUGUGGAGGGGUGGGGGACAGGAGGGACCCAGGAUGGGUGGGGGGGGCACCCUAGGAAGAAGGGCUUUCUGGAGGCGCACGGAGGCUGUCUCUGUGGGCAUGUGAGGAAGGCCUUUGUCCCUGUCAGCCGUCCCAGGUAGUAGUGCAGGGAAGUCCUGUGUCUCCGGGAGGCCCUGGGCGGGGGAGGGGGCGGGCCCGAACUGAAGAGAGCCCUGAGGCCCCCAGCCCCAGAAGCCUGGUGAGAGGUUCUUCCCCUUCUUGCCAAGCCAAACCCUUGACCUGCCGCAUGCCCCACCCUGGCCUGACACUGCAGGCACUUGGGGGCAGGGCAGGCAGGCUAUAUUUGGUGGAGCCUGAGAGCUGACGGGGGCUAUUUUUGGCAGGGAGAAGGUGGGGCCAAACAGCUUGGUCUUUCAGCCCUGCCUGCCCCCUCAUGGAGCGGGUUGGCCUGGGGUGGAGGGGUGACUGGGGCGGGGCAGGGGGUGGGCAGCAUGUUCCUAAGAAGAGAAAGAGGAGGUCUGGGGACAGAGGCUGGAGGAGGCAGGGUCUGAGAUUCAGAUGACCAGGCUCCCUCCAGAAUCCCGGAAGUCCCUCUGCACCUUCCAAUCCAAAGCACCACUGUCCACACCCACUCGUGGCUGGUCCCCACCUGCUCUGGCCCGCGGGCCUGGCUGAAUGAGAGCGGGUGAGCCGGCCCCGGCCCAGAGGCUGAGCCCACCAGCCUGAGGGUCUCCAUGGGACCCUUCACCCUCUGACUCUGCUCAAGGAGAGAAAGAGAAGUCCUCCCCCGGCCAAAGAGCUCCCUCCUUGAUUUGGGGAAUGGUCUCCAGGUGCCCCCAACCCAGUGGGGUAUUGGGGACUCUCGGGGGCCCAAGAAUUGGCAUUAUUUAAAGGGUACCCAGCCUAGGUGAACCCCAUCCCUGGCCUGGUUUAGGAAACAAGAGUCACCCAGCAACAACAAUCCUGGAUAAGGGUGGCCCAGGAAACACUGGCCCUCCUUCCAGUGAAGUCAGACUGGACAUGUGACAUUGUGGCCCAGGUCACACAGGGCCUGAGCGUCCUUACCUAACCAGUGUCCCCAGCUCAGCAUCUCUGGAGGGGCCCAGGAGUCCCUUCAAAGCUGGCUGGGCUCAAGUUGGCAGCAUUACAACAAAUGCCUGUGUGGUGGGACAGUCCCCGGGACUCGGAAUGUGGUAGGACAGUCCCCGGGACUCAGAAGCCCUUGUCCCGAAGCAUGGCCCUGAUCGGGGAGCCUGUGCUAGAGAUUCAGCCUGGAGAGCUCCAAGCUGUGAUUCCAGAUCUCAAGGGAUCAGGAUACCCUAGGAGAGCCUGGGCCAGCCCGGGUAGGGGUCCUCAGGCCGACCUGGUUGGACCUCCCAGAAGGUCUGGGAAGAUGGGUCUCAUCCUGGGCCAAGAGGCAGGAAGGAGCUGUACCCCAAGGAGUGUGAGGUCAAGAGCUCAGCCCCCACAGGAGACUUGGGUGUCUCCUCCCCCCGAGGACCGAUCCUGUGUGAGCCCUUCCCUGGGGAGGCUGGGAGUAAGCCAGACCCCCGCCCUGAGCUCCCACAGAUCCAACGAACCCCCGGGAGUGGUCAGCCUCCUGGAAGUGACAGCACUGCCCCCACAGAGCUGGCUGGACGGCCAGCACAGGCCUCUGGAUGUGGAAGGGGUGGACAUGGGCCUCCAGCCCUAGCCAGCCUUGACCUCCUGACUCAGUGGGAGAGGCUUGGGAGCCGUCGUUAAAUCGCUUGUGUAAGACCUUCGUCCUGGGCCAGCUGGCAUCGUAGGCCAGAGCUGGGAGGGGCACGGGAUCAGUCCUCCCUCCUCCAUCACAAGGGGGAUGAAGUUAGAGCCUCGCGUGUCCCCCUGUGGGCUCCGGGGUCACUGCGAGCAGGGAUCCAGCGAGCUGGGCUUGCCAUGGUAUGGGGGUGCCCACACCUGCCCUCUGCACCCCUCUGCCUGUGCUCCACCGUGACCUGGUCCAAGGCCAACACCCACAACAUUGCACCAGGUCCCCCAGGACCGUGCCACCCCCUCCACCCCCACAGACAGGGCUCUGCCUGGCCCGGAUGUCUCUGAAACCUGGCACAGAGCCCCCGGAAGGCCCUCGACCAAUACUGGGCCAGGCCCCCAGUGGGAAAUGCCAGUGGGGAUGUCGCCGACGAGCAUAUGGGAACCCACAUCUGUCUGCUUUCCCUGUGGUCGUGGCUCUGAGCACUCCACGACCACCCUGCAAGGUGGAAGCCAUUAUCGUGCCCCCUUUGCAGGUGAGGAAACUGAGGCACGGAGCAAUGAUGUGGCGGCCCGCCCGGCAGGCUGGCUGGCCACCUCGCCCGACCCCCACAGGCCUGCCCCACUGCUCACUGUCUUCUCCCAGCAGCUGGGAGCUUGAGAGGGCGAAGCCCAGGGGGUGGGUUUGUAAACGGAAAACAAUCUUAGCCUGUGAA